UGCCGUUCUGCCUAGUGAGAAGGAGCCGCCGGUGCUGCUGUCUUCUGGGGUCGCGCUUGGAAUGCUGCGGCACCCCAACGUUCCACAGCCGAACGUCUGGACACCGUCGUGUCGCUCCCUGGAGCGCAGCCCGGGUUGCUGAGGCAGGCGGUUGCUUGCAACACGCUACGUGGGGAGCACGGAUUACAGCCGCAGCGACGGGGCCACCUCUGUGAGCAUUUCUGUCGGGCUUCGGUUCAGUUUCUUGUCUGUUUUCCAUCGCGAUGAAGGCGAAAGGCUCUGUGGCAACCUGAGGCGCAACAUUAAAGUAGGAGAAAGAACAUCGUGGGGAGGAGAGAUCUCAGGCCGAGGCGAUCGCACUGAAAGGCUAAGUGGAAAAGAGGAAAGCUGGCUCACCUAGGAGAUCGGCAUCGAGCUUGAGUUUAGGUGAUUGCUGAGGAUUAGUUUGUAUGUAGAAUCUUCAGACUAAAACUGCAACUGCUGCUACAGCUAAAUUGCUGCUACGUGUCCAGUCCAGGUGAUAAAUCCUUCUCGUACACUUACCACGUUUAACAGUGCUAUUCUUGGGAAAAUGUAUGCAUCUUUUCCCAGUAAGAGCGGGGAUGGUGAUAACAUUAGCCUUUGGGAUUUUUUUCUUAAAUGUAAAUCUUCAUGGAUCAAGAUAAAACUUUCCUGUGAUUUGCUCAGCUUAGAAGGCUGCAUUCAACAGACAAUUUCCUAUCCCAGCUCUCUUCUGAAAGCCUACUGAAGAAAGAUGAACAUGCUGAACAGCCACCACUUUUUGAACUUCUUGCCAACCAUACGCCUUUUCAUCUUAUUAGCAACUUUGACAGCUGCUGGGGAUGUGACUAGUAGCACUUUAAAUCACACUGACAUGAACUUGGGAUCUGUACCUGUGAUUAUCUCCAUAGUUGAUCAUAUUACAGUCAAGGAAGGGAAUAGUGCCUUGAUUGACUGCAAUGUCCAAGGAAAUCCUGCUCCACAUUACAAAUGGUACAAUUCCAAUGGUUGUUUGCUGAAGGAAGAAGAGAACAGUGGAAAAUGGUGGUUUCUUGACAAUGGGCUACUGAACAUUACCAGUGUGUCUUUUGAUGAUAGAGGUAAAUACACAUGUGUUGCUUCUAACAUGUAUGGCACUGUGAAUAAUACUGUGACUCUGAGGGUCGUCUUUACCUCCGGAGAUAUGGGGAUCUAUUACAUGAUUGUCUGCCUCGUAGCUUUUACCAUUGUUAUGAUCUUGAACAUUACCAGGCUGUGUAUGAUGAGCAGCCAUCUGAAGAAAACUGAGAAAGCAAUCAAUGAGUUUUUCAGAACAGAAGGAGCAGAGAAACUACAAAAAGCCUUUGAGAUUGCUAAGCGUAUCCCAAUCAUCACCUCAGCCAAAACUCUUGAGCUUGCCAAAGUAACCCAGUUCAAGACCAUGGAAUUUGCUCGCUACAUUGAGGAACUUGCCCGAAGUGUUCCUCUGCCACCUCUCAUCAUGAACUGCAGGACUAUAAUGGAAGAAAUCAUGGAGGUGGUUGGCUUGGAAGAACAGGGACAGAACUUUGUACGGCAAGCAGCUGAAGGCCAGGAGACUACUGAUGGAGAUGAUAUGUUUAUGAUUCCUAAUGCACUAAAGCGCAGCGACUCUCCCACAGCUGACUCUGAGGCAUCAUCACUGCAUGAACCACCACAGCAGAUUGCGAUAAAAGUGUCAGUUCAUCAGCUGUCCAAAAAGGACUGUAUAGAUGACCAGUCACAAGACAGUGUGCAAUUAGAAAUUAAGGAAGAAGAGAUUCCUCAAACACCAGCAUCUCCUACUGACCUAGUUCCUGAGCCUUCUACUGAACUAAACUCCAAUGAUAUAGCAUUGGCAACUGACAAAAAUACGUGUUUUAUUUAUGAAAGCCAUGUAUGAUAAUUACUCUGUGAAUCUAUGCAUAGGAAGAAUAUCGGGUGGAGCUCCUUUAAAAAUAGAUAUUGUACUUGCCACUAAGCCUUACCUGGAGACUAUCAUAGCAAAAGCAUGCAUGUCAAUUAUUUGAUAUUUUCUUCUUUGAGUUAAUUUUACUAUGAUGUAUGACAGAGUAAUUACUAUUAUAUUAAUACUAAUUGCUCUUUUUGGUUUAGGAGUUUUUUUCAGAAACAUUUACCUCAGCAAUUUCUAGGUUGUUGUCAACUUCAGUGACCUCCUAGAAAUCAUUUGUAGUGUUAAAGAGACUUCGAUUUACUAAACAUAAAACUGUUCUUCAUUUUUCUCCUUCCACUUCCUCUCUUCCAUCCGCUGCAUUUUUGUGUAACUGUUUCCUUGAAUUUGAAACAUUGCCCAGGAGGCAGGAUUUCAGUAGCCAAACAAAAUCCUAGUUAGAUCCUAUUUACCAAGCAUCUUUGCCAAGCUGCAUUGUGAAUUAGAGGGCUAUUAAGAAAGGUUAAAUGUGUCUUUUUCAUUUGAGACCAUUUUAUUUAUGUUUAGACAGUGGGGAAAUAGGUUUCCCUACCCCUUAGACUGAAGAAGACAAUAAGUGUUCAUUCACACAGAUGAUAUACAGUGUAUUUGUUUCUACAGAAGAGAAAGCACUUUAUUUCUGCCAGAAGGCUACAGUACAAACGUGGAGUAGAUUUUUUUCAUAUAUUUAGCUAUCUGUUGACUUUACCAGAAGUCUAUAUCGAGAAGGACUAUGUGUGUCCAAAAUUUAUUGUCUGUUUUGCUUACAUGGUAUGAGUAAAUGGAACCAGAUGACUUUAUAUAACCUGUCAGGAGUGUGGAUUCAGUAAAAGUAUUGUACACUCCAGUAUUUUGUUGCAGAUGAAGCUGAAGUGGUAAAAGAUCCUUGUUUAUCAGGAUUUCCUUUUUCUGCAAUGUAAUUUCCUGAUGAACAAAAACAAGUGCAUCCAUAAUCAUAAUCUUUUUAAUCUGGCAAUGAGUCAAAAAAUUUAGUCAAAUACUUGCUAUUAAGUCAUAAUGGUCACCUCAGUGCAUAAAAAUGGACAAUGAUCACAAACUGUAUUAUGAUAGUACAAUUGAUUUGUUAUUUUAAAAAAUCAUCAUCAAAUUGAGAUCUCCUGGGGUGAGGGGAUUCACUGACAUCUAGCAAAUGUGACUCCAACUGUAUAUAGCUUUCAUAAUCAUGGCAAGUGGGGCAUAUGUCUGUCAUUGGAGAUUUUUAAGAGCAGGUUAGCCACCCGUCCAGGAUGAUCUAGAGAAGACUUAGUCCUUCCUUGGCUGGGGACUGGACGAGAAGACCUCUUAAGGUCUCUUCCAGUCCUGCAAUGCUAUAAUAUUAGGAUCAUGGAGUUAUGCUCAGAUAUUAAUGAACUGCAGGGGUUGGGGAGGGAAGGGGGCUAGUGUCUAUUUCAGAAGUACUGUAAUCAUAUGCACUACUGGAUGAGCAUGGAAAGAGAUCACUUACAAGAUAGAAUUUGUGCAUGAUGAACAGUAUGUUAUUCAAUCAUCUGAUACACAAUUCACUUGGAACUGCUGAGCAGACCAUGGUCUGUUCACUUUGGAGAAGCAUUAGAUCAAGUGUUAGAAAUAACCUGGAGUCUCUUACUCCAGAGUGUUGUAGAGAGAGAAUUCAUUUAGACUGCUGAGAAAUUGGUGGGCAUGGGCCACCCAGACAUUUCCCAAUAGCUGUCACAAUUUGAGCAGUGCUGAUGUUUGGCUUGGAGGAGAUCAGAUAUGUUCACCACAUAAAUAGUUGGGGGCAAACAAGGUCACUGAAACUGCAGCCAUCAGAAAUGGAUAACAAUGGUGGUGGUAGCCCUGAAUGGAGUGCUGAGUAUCCUCAGGACCCAGUUCAGUUACAAUCCACUGAAAUACACUGACGUAGCUAAGAUAUGCACCUACCC